GGAAAAUUAGGUGGAGAAGAUAUAAGAGCUAAUUUGAAUAAUUUAUAGAGAAAGUUGACUAUAUAAUAAUAAUAUUAUCGAAAUGUCGUAUAGUGAAGAGAUAUCCAAGGUUAUAGCUGAAGGAUCCAGAUUGUAUUCUUCUAAGAAUUAUGAUUCUGCCAGUGAAAAAUAUGGGGAAGCAUGUGAGAAGUAUAGUGAACAAAAUGGUAAAGAAGAUGCUAAUCUUUUAUUACUUUAUGGUAAAGCUCUUUUUCAAAGUGCGGUAUCUAAGUCAGAAGUAUUUGGUGGUAAUCCAGGUGCGACUACUAAUGAAGAAGGCGAUAAUGGAGAAGACAAUGGGAAAAAAGAUGAGGAAGAUGAUGGAGAGGAAGAUGGAAAGUUUCAAUUCUAUGAUGCAGCUCCAUUAGCAGAAGAAGAAGUUGAAGGCGAAGCUGAAGGUGAAGGACCAGUUCCCGCAGAAGAAGAUGAUGAUGAGGAUGAAGAAGAUGAAGAAGAAAAAGAAGCUUUAACAACAAAUGGAAAUGGUCAAGAAGAAGAAGGUGAUGGACAAGAUCAAAGUGAUUUCGAAGUCGCAUGGGAAAUCUUGGAUUUAGCUCGUUCAUUAUUUGAAGAACAACUUGAAGAAUUGGGUGAUAAGAAACUCAAACCACCAUAUCUUCAAUCUGAUAAGGAAGAAACAAGCAACGAAUUUAUAAUUAUUACAAAGAAAUUAUCUGAAACUUACGAUUUGUUAGGAGAAGUAUCAUUGGAAGCGGAGAAUUUUCCACAAUCUGCUAUUGAUUUAGAAAAUUGCUUAAAUCUUCGACUUAAACUUUACAAUCCAAUCAAUUCUGCUUUGAUUUCUGAAUCUCAUUAUAAAUUAUCAUUGGCAUUGGAAUUUUGUGUUGAAGAUCCAAAACUGAAGGGUAAAGCCGUUGAGCAAAUGAAAUUAGCUAUUGAAUCUGUAAAAAGAAGGAACGAGAAUGAGACUGAUGAAGAUAAGAGGAAAGAUAAUGAAGAAUUAUUGAAUGAUUUGAAGUUACGAUAUCAAGAAUUACAAAGAGAUGAGACAGAAGCAUUUAAAGCUGAACAAGUUGAUAUAAUAAAGGGUAUAUUGGGAGAAGCUACGAGUGAUAAUGGAUCUAGUUCCACCCCUUCUGCUAAUUCAUCUGCUGCGGUUAUAAAUACUUUAACUGGAGUAAAGAAGAAGACGCCUGCAUCUGCAGUUCCAGUUAAUGAUUUAACAUCCAUAACUAAGAAAAGAAAGCCUACAGAUAAGACCGCCGGGAUAAACAAGAAGUCCAAACAAUAGCGGCGUAGCGAUUAAUAGAUAGAUUAUCUGGACUUAAAAACUCGGAGUAAGGUGAGGGUUAGGACUAGGAAACUUCCAACAGCAAAGCUGCAAUAUCUAAUAGUUAAUGUAUAAUUUAGAUUUAGUAUUUAGACUUUGUAGGAUUCGACUUUCAAAGUAAAUAUUUUAUAAUCAUCAUAUUAAGUAUUUUG